AUGUGUGCGGUCUCAUGCCUGUAUAUGGCUGCCCCGACGAUUCUCGCAAAACUCGAGCAGGCACGAGAACAGCCUCUCACUAAACGCAUUAAACUCGUCGUCGACUUCUCCUACAUCCCGGAGGUCCCUCGCAUCUCUGUGGAGGCUGAGGACAGCGCUAGCGAGAUCUGGGUGCUAGCAUCUGCUCAUGUUCGCCGCGGGAAAGGUUUCUACAAUGUCCUCCUCUAUGAGAAGACACUCAAGGAUGUAUUGAUGGAGUACGGUCAGCUGCAGUGA